GCGCUCACGGUUCGUUUCAAGGUCGAACAUGUCUUUCGUACUCGCAGCUGUCGCUGUUGCAGCCACAAUCUACUGGGUGGUUCGCACGAUAUCAUCCCCACCUGCUUCCUUUGAUCGAUCUGUGCCCGUAGUGCCAAUAUGGGUUUCUUGGCUGCCUUUUCUUCGCCACAAGGUCGGGUUACCGCCGCUCGGACAAGACGUGAUAUUCGCUCGAUACAUUGAGCCUCGUCUUCGAUGUACAGGCAUGGUUGUCCUCUUUUUCGGAGGACGCUGGAAUUUGCUGUGCUGCCAUCCAGCGGCGAUUCGUCAACUCUUCCGAGGCAACGGUGGCGACGAUGACCUGUUCGCCAAGUCCGGAAACCAUCGGAAGAUACCUGGCGCUGUUAUCAGCCAGUUGACCGGCUCAAAUAUAAUAUCUGAGCACGGCGAGCCGUACAAGCGGUAUCGCAAAUUGCUUGGGCCACCAUUGCGCAUGGAGGUUGAUUAUAUUUCUCUCAAUGACUCAUCGCAACGUUUGGUCAAAGUGCUGGCCCUUCGUGCUUCGGACAAACCAAUCGGUAUUAACGCAAUUCUUCAGCGCUUCACCAUGGAUAUCGUGUGUCGAAAUAUAUUCGGUGUCGAUCUCGAGUUUCUCAAGGAUCCCCCUCCUUUACUCCACUCCAUCCAUUCACGAGUCAAAUUCCACAUCUUCCAGCCUUUCGCCCUCGCUUUUCCCAAGUUCGACCAUCCACGGUGGUCGUACAUAUUCCCAGGCCGGACCGAGGCUAGAACAGCGGUCGAAGCGAUGGAAGCUGAGGUUGAGAAGGUUCUAAUCGCCCAAGGAAGUGACAGCAGGAUGGGCAAAAUUCCUUGUGACAUGCAAGCAGAAUUCGAAGAGGGAUGUUGGACUGCACAGGAAGUCAUGGAUAACACUAAAAUUCUGUUCAUUGCAGGACACGAGAACACGCAAAAUGCUCUAAACUCUCUUUUGAUGGUCCUCGCCACCCACCCAAACCUACAGAGGAGACUCCGUGCAGAAGUGCGGUCAGUCUUCGAAGGAGGCGCGUUUGAUGCGCCUAUCGUGGGAAAGGAUCAUCUAGAACGACUGCCACAGCUCAUGGCUUUCAUAUACGAGACGAUGAGGCUCUACCCUCCGAUCCCGAUGCUACUCAAUCGACGAGCUUCCUCUGACACGAUCAUCCACCUUUUUAAUCCUGAGCAGAACAGUUCGCACGCGAUCACCGUCGCUGCAGGCACCUAUGUCGGCUGGCACGCGUAUGGACUUCAUCGGAGCUCUAGGUCUUCCCUGUGGGCACCUGACCCGACCAGCUUCCGACCUGAACGAUGGGGAAGCACUACUCGUGAGAUCGAGGCUCUUGCUCGACGUGCCGAAACCUCCGGAGAGUAUAUCCCUUUUGCUGCAGGCGUCCGCCUUUGCGCAGGACGGAAGCUCGCCAUGGCUGAAAUCGUCACGGCUCUCGUCCACAUUCUGCAUAGCUUUCAGCUCAACAUGCCUCCAGGUCCAGCGCCUUCCCUUACACCUGGAGGGCUUUUGUCUGUGCACAAUCUGUAUCUCAUCUUGACCUGCAUCUAGUUCAAAUUAC